AUGUCCUUUAAAGGCUGGCGAACGCCUUCAGGCCUCUUAGACCGUGCCUCGUUUAUCGAUUCACCUCAUUUCUCGCUUGCGCUCUCGUUUGGUGCCGAGGCAGGCAGCCUGGGAUUUAUUACGACUGGCGCCAGACACAAGAAGUUCGGCUCAAUCGAGGAUGCCCAAGCGUUCGUAGAUGUUCAAGAUGUACCGUCUCCGCAUCGGACGCGUGCUUCAGUAGCGAACGCGACGGCCCCCGCUGCAUCCAGCGCUGCUGUCAUUGAAAAUCCGGCAGGACCGAGGGCUACUCGGUACAAACACGAACCUGCUGGUAGGGAAGAACAUGAGGACGAAGUCGGCGCUGAUGUGGUAUACUGCGAUGGUGCAUGUCGGGGAAACGGGCAGCCGGGAUCUGUAGCAGGUUUGGGCGUAUGGUGGGGCCACGAUGAUCCAAGGAACAUUUCAGAAAGAUGCCCCGGCGAUCAGACCAAUAAUCGCGCAGAACUAUGUGCAAUUGUUCGAGUGCUUGAGACAACUUCCGCUUCGAAAGGGACGCUGAUUAUCAAAACUGAUUCAUCUUACUCUAUACAAUGUUUUCAGUCGUGGAUACCCAAGUGGCGCGCUAAUGGGUUUCGAGCGUCUACUGGUGGCCCAGUCAAGAACCAACCUCUUAUCAAAUACCUUGAUGCUUUGCUCACGUACCAUGCCAACUCUGGUCACACCAUAAAACUGAAACAUGUCAAGGGUCACGCUGGCAUUCCUGGCAACGAAGGCGCGGACAGGUUGGCAGUAGCAGGGACGGCUUUUCCAAAGCUUGAGGAACGUGACUGGAAAAGAGACGAGGAUGAGGUUAUUGCGAAGAUGCGCCCAGAGAUUCCCGGGGAUCUCGAUGAAUAUGCAGACUGCCUUCUUGACGACGAGGAAGCUGCCAACUGUGAUGAAACACCCACAACGAGGGAGGUUCCUACCACUCCACCUUCGCCGACGAAGACUGUUGUGAAAAAGACACCACAGCGCCAGGAGACAAAACCACCAUUAGCAAAUUCGUCAGGAAAGAACCCUUCGCGACCGCCGGCUAAAAUUGCGGAUCCGAGACUACCCACCGCUCCUUCGCAGCAGGAAUACGCUGGAGGGCUCUUGUCCGACGACGAAUUGCUCAUUUUGGGCAAGGACGGUAAUUUUGACUCGGACUUUUGA